AUGAUGCCAAAUGUAUUGGUUGGUGUAGUGGAAGGUUCAGCACUAUUCCGUCGAUGGUACUUUGAAGCUGAAGUCGAACAUAUUGAAAAAAUGACUAAGGAGGAUCCGUAUCUUCGAAUUGGAUGGGCUAAUAGCAGCGGUUUCAAGCCGUUCCCAGGAUCGGGUGAUAAGUGGGGCUGCAAUGGCAUCGGUGAUGAUUUUUACUCCUACGGUUUCGAUGGACAGCAAGUAUUUUUUGCUGGGAAGGGACGAGUAGUCCACCCGCGAAAACUAGAGAAGGGCGACGUAGUUGGAUGUGCAUUAGAUCUGAAUGUACCGGAAAUUAGAUUUACUGUGAACGGGCGUGACAUUGGUGCAAGCUUUAGAAAUUUCAAUAUCGACGGGUAUUUUUUCCCUGUGAUGUCUUUGAGUGCCAAAGUGAGAUAUACUUUUAUUGCUCUUUCUUACAGCUGUCGCUUCAUUUUCGGAGGUGAUCAGGGUCGACUCCGAUUCGGACCACCUGCAGGAUUCUCGGCUGUGGUGGAAGCCGUCAGCGGAGAGCUCCAGAUUUCUGAUUGCCUAUCAUUUGGUGAACUACCGAAAAACAUCUACUGUGGUCCACAUACGAUAUUUUCGAGU